CAAUGAACAAUCUGGUGUCAAUAUUGCUUUUCCUGAGUGCAGAAUUGUCACAAGGAUUAGCCUUGAUGUGUCUGCAGUGUGUCAACGUCAUUCAACCACGUCACUGCCAUGGUAUAACAUACUGUGCUGAGAACGAGGUCUGUUUCGUGGAAAAAGUGGUUUCAUCUGACGGAAUUCGCUACAACUCAGGAUGUAUGCUAAAUGAUGUAUGUGUAAGACAGAAUUCUACCGGUUCUGUAACAGCUUAUACAGACGGAGUAACACAGACGAUAACAUGUACUGAAUGUUGCCAGUCAGAUCUGUGCAACUCGAAAGGUUGCGGCGAACCAGGACUUCCAAUCAACCGAGGUCCUGUGUGUUUAGGGUGUACUCAGAUACGUAACGCUUCAGCCUGCCAGACAAUAACCUACUGUAGAGAAUCGGAGGUUUGUCAUAUCACAGAGAUUGCUGAGUUUGGGGAUAGAAUAUUUUCGACAGGAUGUAUUCACUCACAGUUGUGUUCGAGUUUUGCUUCCAGACCCUUUGCAAUACAGGAAUUGUCCUCCUGGCACAAUAUCACAAGAUCUCAACCUGUUUUACCAUUUUCAACUGUUCCAACAACGACAACUGAUCCAGUGACCACAACCAAUACUACAAGAGUCCAAACACAUACUCACCACACUAGACCAACGCAUAGACACUCAGUUACUGCAUCACCUAUUGGUGUUGUUGUUGUGGGUAGGAGAUUAGUAGAGAAGCGCUCUGUAGGCUGUAAUCAAUGCUGCUCUGGGGACCUCUGUAACUAUGAGUGCUCUACAGGAGGACCAACCCAACAAUCUGUCGAAAAUUCAUCGCCAUGGUCUAUAUCAAGCAGUGCAGCUCCAGAAUUAGUGACCAGGCCACAUAUAUUCUCCACCCAGUCUUCUGUUUCCUCCCUUACCACACCCAGCAAGGGACCUUUCAAUGUUCAAGGUACUGCAGGAAAGGAGUUCCUUCUGGCCUUUUCAAAACACGAAAACGGAAAUGACGCAGACAACAUUACUUUGCUGUUUACAUCCACCCAGAAUGGACACCUUAGUAUAUACCUUCCCGAAAACAAUGCAUACAUUAACACAACAAUAACAAAGGGGGAUAAUUUAAUCGAACUAGAUCCGCAUAUUACUCUUAAAGGUCUUCAAAAGGAAAAUAAGUCUGUACAUAUAGUAACUGAUGUAAACGUAACACUGCAUGUGCAAGAAUAUCGAAAUGUUUUUGACACGGGUUAUCUGGUUUUACCUUCGCAUUGUUUGGCUAAAAAAUACAUUGUAUCAACUGAAUCUGCCUUUGAUGGAGCAAAUCCAUCUUACGUGACAGUUGCUGCUCUGAAGGACAAUACAGAAAUUUCAUUUAUUCUUUCAAUCAGCGAAAACGAUACUAUAGAAUACAACGGUAAAAGUUAUAGUGACGGAGAUACAAUUAACGUUACCUUGGAUCAAUAUCAAACGUUUCAAUUAGCAAGUGUUACAGAUUUUACCGGAACCGUUGUUCAUAGCUCAAAACCAGUCUCCGUUCUCUCUGGUAACACGGCCACAGUAGUUCCAAAACCCAUAGAUUCGUCCAAGAUAUUUGACGCCCAAACUCUUACUCAAAUGAUACCACCGGUGAAAUUUCUCGGACAAAAUUUUAUAAUUCCGAAAUUACAGGACAGGCAUAGUUUUUAUUACAAGAUAAUUGCUUCUUCUCCAAAUACGCACGUGACUGUUGAGGACAAGUACAUAACGCUUCCAAACGAGGGAUCCUUUCAAGUAUUUGAAUCCUUGCAUGGAAGGUCUGUUAAUAUUUCAAGUGACAAACCCGUUUUAGUUGUCCAAGUUCCGAAAACGAUGCAGUCGCAUUUCGAUACAGCCAGUGGAGCAAUGAUUUUAACUCCCUCUGUUGAACAAUUUAAAUCUGAGUACGCAGUUAUCGUUCCUGACCCACCAAAACGAAAUCUUCAAACUCAGUACAGAUCUUAUAUUUCCAUCAUUACUGAAUCUAAUGAAGUUGAUAAUAUUAAUAUCGACGGAAGAAAAUACGAUACCUAUAACUCUAAUCUGCAGACCGUUCAUCUAAAGGAUAAAGUUUACUCCGUAAUAACAAUGCAGAUGGACGCACCUGGUCUACAUGAGGUAACGAGUGUAUCUGGACAUCCCUUCGGAAUAAUAACAUACGGAUUUGAUUUCGCACAGGGUUAUGGAUACCCUGUAGGACUUAAAUGUUAAACAUAUGUUCAUCCAUCUUCAAGGUGCUGAGUAUUAAAAGAAUUGUGUUUCA